AUGAUCCUCCCUAAGCGCCGACAUGGCUUGGCAGUGAUGCAUGCCAAAGAGUUUUGUCAUUGUCAACAACUGCUGCCCCUCCAACACAGUCAUUUUCUGUCUAUUCUCUGCACAGCGCCACUGUCCAAACCUACCAUUCUCACCUCCAACAAUACUGCAGUGGAGACCAAAGACUUCUCAUUGACCUGCAAUUCUACAGGUCAAAUUCACGCUUACAAGUGGUUCAUAAACGGAGUUGCCCCAGCUGGUCGCAGGAUACAGCUGUCACCAGAUAGGAGGACACUCACUCUCAGCAGUCUCACAAGAAGCGUUAACAAAGGGCCCUAUGUGUGUGAAAUCGAGAACCCAUUUUAUCGCAAUAGGAGUGAUCCAUUCACACUGGAUGUUGCCGUAAGAUUUACAUGUAUUCUCUUCGUGCAUGGAGCGCCACUGUCCAAACCUACCAUUCUCACCUCCAACAAUACUGAAGUGGAGACCAAAGACUUCUCAUUGACCUGCUAUGCUACAGGUCAAAUUCACGCUUACAAGUGGUUCAUAAACGGAGUUGCCCCAGCUGGUCGCAGGAUACAGCUGUCGCCAGAUAGGAGGACACUCACUCUCCGCAGUCUCACAAGAAGCGUUAACAAAGGGCCCUAUGUGUGUGAAAUCGAGAACCCAUUUUAUCGCAAUAGGAAAUAUGGAAUCCUUCUCUUUCUUCCAGAUGGCCCAGAUAUCGCCACAAUUGUACAUUCAGCCGAUGAGUACCCUACUGGGGCAAAUAUUACCUUGAGCUGUGUUGCUGAUUCUAACCCAACAGCACAAUUCACUUGGUUACACAAUGGACAACCAGUCAGCAACUCAGCCACAUUUUCUAUUAUUGCAUCCCUGAGUGAUGCUGGCACUUAUACCUGUACUGCAUCUAACUCAUUCACUGGUUUGACGUGUACUGCAACCAAGAAUAUUACAAUCUAUGCGCCAGUGUCCAAACCUACCAUUGUCACCUCCAACAUUACUGCAGUGGAGACCAAGGACUUCUCAUUGACAUGCCAGGCUACAGGUCAAAUUCACACUUACCAGUGGUUCAUAAACGGAGUUGCCCCAGCUGGUAGCAGGAUACAGCUGUCGCCAGAUAAGAGGACACUCACUCUCAGCAGGCUCACAAGAAGAGAUAACAAAACUCCAUAUGAGUGUGAAAUCCGGAAUCCAUUUUAUAGCAAUAGGAGUGAUCCAUUCACACUGGAUGGCCAGGCUAAUUCAGUCCCUUCUCUGAGAACUAAAGAGCUAGGCUCUGAUGUUCCCAAAGCCCUUCAUCUUUAG